GUGUAGUUAUAAUGAGUUUGGUGAUGUAUACCCUUUUCGAGAAAACCAAAGCAAUUGUAGGAAUCGAUGAAUGUCAAGCGACUCCGGUGAUACACUUUCUCCAAUAUCCAGGCUGUAUUCCAAAGCCAAUACCAAGUUAUGCUUGCAGAGGACGUUGCAGCAGCUAUCUACAGGUGUCUGGAUCAAAAAUUUGGCAAAUGGAAAGAAGUUGCAUGUGCUGUCAAGAAAGCGGCGAAAGGGAGGCUAGUGUAUCCCUUUUCUGUCCGAAAGCAAAACCAGGAGAGAGAAAAUUCCGAAAGGUGGUUACCAAAGCCCCGUUAGAAUGCAUGUGCAGACCAUGCACUAGUGUCGAAGAAUAUGCUAUAAUACCUCAGGAAAUAGCCGGAUUUGCUGAAGAAAGUCCAUUUGCAACGUCUGCUCAUUUUAGACGAUCACCUGGUCUGCAGUAACUUCAUUUUUAAUCUCUUGAUGUAUUUUAAAAAUAUAAUAAAUUAAUAUGAUUAAGAAAUAGUAUUAUGCGGACCUAUGAUUAAAAAUAUUUCUUCUAUUCUCUUA